AUGUGCUCUCUCGCUGCGGCUGUGCAAGGUAUGGAUGAAACUGUCAAUAAUGGUGCCCAGGCUAUCUACUUUGCCAAAGACCAACUCAACAUCACUUCUAAAAACAUUCAAGGUCUCGUUGUUGGUGCCCCAUACUUGGCUUGCGCGAUUAUCGGUUGCUGGCUCACUGAGCCCCUAAAUCGGUUAUUUGCCCGGCGUGGUACAAUUUUCAUCUCAUGCAUGAUUGCAGCUGUUGCCUCGGUAUGGGAAGGUGUUGCAAACACCUGGGUCAAUCUUUUUAUUGCUCGCUUUGUUCUUGGUCUGGGCAUCGGGUCGAAAUCGAGUACUGUACCUGUGUAUGCCGCGGAAUGUUCUCCCGCUCCAAUCCGAGGUGCUCUCGUUAUGAUGUGGCAAAUGUGGACGGCCUUUGGUAUCAUGCUUGGCAAUAUAAUGGGUGUUGCUUUCAUGAGUUUAGACCGAGACAUCAGCUGGCGUCUCAUGCUAGGAUCCACUGUCGUACUACCACUGAUUGUCUGCGCUCAAGUCUACUUCUGCCCGGAGUCUCCAAGAUGGCUGAUCCAGCACGGCAAAAUCCAAAAGGCCUAUACCAAUUUCCGUAUCCUCCGCCCAACAGAUAUUCAGGCCGCAAGAGAUUUGUAUUAUGCACAUGUGGGCGUUGAGCUUGAACGGAAGAUCAACAAGGGUAAAAAUUUCUUCACAAUGUUCAUUGAGCUCUUUACCAUUCCCCGCAACCGCCGUGCCACGCUCGCUAGCUGGAUCGUGAUGUUCAUGCAGCAAUUUUGCGGAGUCAACGUCAUUGCAUACUAUUCUACCUCUGUCUUCACCGAAGCAAGCUACAGUCUGACCAGCGCGCUACUGGCAUCCAUGGGAACCGGUAUUCUCAACUGGGUCUUUGCCCUACCAGCCUUCUUCACGAUUGAUACCUGGGGUCGGCGGAAUUUGCCACUAUUCACUUUCCCCUUUCUCGCUAUUACCCUUCUAUGUACUGGGUUUUCCUUCUGGAUUGAGGAGGGGAAUGAAACAAGCAAAAAGAGGAUUGAAAUGGUCACCACAGGCAUGUAUCUUUUUGAAAUAUUCUACUCUCCUGGAGAAGGGCCCGUACCAUUCGCGUAUUCGGCCGAAUGUUUCCCGCUGCAAGUCCGCGAGGUCGGUAUGUCGUGGGCGACAGCAACUACUUGGUGCUUUAAUUUCAUUUUAUCUUUCACUUGGCCGCAUCUGGUCGAUUCUUUCAAACCACAGGGUGCCUUCGGUUGGUACGCUGCUUGGUGUAUAAUCGGCUGGUUUUUGGUCCUGUUGUUUGUACCUGAAACAAAGUCUCUUACUCUGGAAGAAUUGGACCAGGUCUUUUCCGUCUCGACUCGCAAGCAUGCAUCAUACCAGAUCAAGAAUGCUUUGUGGCAUUUCCGUGUCUGGAUUCUUCGCCAGAAGCUGCAGCCUCUGCCAGAAUUCUACCAAGGCGUUGAGCGUCUUGCGGAAGUAGGUGAUAUAGCGUCCAAGGCAGGAAAGGAAGGAGAAAGAAUGAACAAUGACUAG